AUACUUAAAUGUCCAGAUUGUGAUCGAGAAAUAAGAAUUGGUAAAACUCGAGAUCUUAAUAAACACAUGAAUUUAAAUGGAAAUCUUUGUAAAGGACAAUGCCAACCAGCUUUGCUUAUAAUGCAAAAUGUAGGAAACGUUACUCCAAAGCAAAAUAUACCUCAAAAUGAAAACCAUAUAUCUAAAAAUGAUAAAGAAUGGUAUGAUUUAAUGGAAAUAGAUAAUGAAAAAGAUAGCGAACCAAGUGAUUCAGAAUAUGAUACUGCUGAAGAAAAACCAGAUAUUCAUUUCGAAAAAAUCAAGGAUUCAUACAUUAAUAGAAUAGCAGAAGCCAGAAAAUUUAAUGAAGAUGAAGUAUGUGAUUAUUAUGCAUUUGUACCAAAAGAAUACUAUGCCGAGGGCGAGCCAUUAGUUUUCUUUGAAUCAAUCGAAGAAAAAAUUGUAGAUAUUUAUAAAAAAGAGUUAGCUUUAAAAGCAGAAGAGGUAUUUCUUGAAAUAAGCGCAUUCAGACCAUUGCAAGGUAGUAGUUAUCUACCUUUACCAGAAGCUUUAGAUAAGCCACAACUAGGAAUAAUUAAUCCACAAAAUAGGGAUGAUAAUGAGUGUUUUAAAUGGUGUAUAAGUGCAUAUUACACAAGAGAGAAAGCAAUAAAAGCUAGUAGAAAGCCACCACAUCUUAAUGAAAUCCGGAGACUUAGACGAAAUACAAAUAUAGCAAAUUUUGAAGGUAUAAAAUUUCCAGCAACACUCCAUGAUAUAGAUAAAUUCAAAGAAAGCAAUUCUAAUUAUGCUAUCAAUAUAUUUAAACCAUUUUAUAGAGAAGCUUUCGGAAAAAUAAAAGUAGAUAUAGAUCCAUUACAUAUUUCAGAACGUAAUUAUCAAGUAGAGCAUAUGAUAGAUUUAUUAUAUUUAAUAGAAGGUUCAAAUAAGGCUUCACAACAUUUAAUUCUCCCAGAAGAAGAAGCCAAAGAAAUUGAAGCAGAUGAAAAAGAUAAAGAAGAAAAUACUAAAAAAGAAACGAAGCAGAUAGUAGUUUCAUAUGGAUAUACUAUUCAUUGUUUAGAUGGAACAACACAAAAACCAGUAAUUAAUCGAGAAUUAGAAAAUAUAAUAAAAGACUUAAUGGAAAACCUUCAAGAAAAUCUAGAAGUUAUUUUAGAUAAGCUUUGUGAAAUAGCUCUAUGUGAAAAAAUGACACCUGAAUUAUGGUAA